AUGACCAAAAAAAAAAAAAAAAGGAGAGACAAUGGCCAUGCUAAAAAGGGCCGUAGUCAUGUGCAGCCAAUUCACUACACGAACUGCGCCUGCUGCGUGGCCAAGGACAAGGCCAUUAAGAAGUUCGUCAUGCGGAACAUUGUAGAGGCCGCUGCUGUCGGGAACAUCUCCAAAGCCGGUGUCUUUGAUGCUUAUGUGCUUUCCAAGCUCCAUGUCAAGCUGUGUUACUGCAUGAGCUGUGCCAGUCAUAGCAAGGUGGUCAGGAAUCGAUCCCGUGAGUCCCGGAAGGACCAAACACCCCCACCCCCACGGUUUAGACCUGUUGGUGCUGCACCACAAGCUCCACCAAAGCCCAUGUAA